AUGUCACUCCUCUUAGAUCACCCGGAGGCAUUACACAGGCUAAGAAAAGAGAUUGACAACGGUGUUGGACAUGGGCGCUUGCUAAAUGACUCUGAUCUUGCUAGACUACCCUUUCUACGUUGCGUUGUAAACGAGACACUAAGACUGUACCCUCCAGUGCCACUUCUUUUACCACACUGUUCAUCCGAAGAUUGCAUUGUAGUGGGAUAUAAAAUUCCUAAAGAUACAAUCUUGUUGGUGAAUGCCUGGGCUAUGCACAGGGAUCCAAAGGUGUGGGAUAAGCCUGAACGGUUCAAGCCAGAGAGAUUUGAGGCAAUCGAAGUGGAAAGAGAAGGCUUCAAAUUUGUGCCUUUUGGAACGGGGAGGAGAGCCUGCCCUGGAGCCAGUAUGGGUCUGCGAACAGUUUCGUUAGCAUUAGGUGCAUUAGUUCAGUGUUUUGAGUGGGAAAAAGUCGUAGAAAGUGACAUGAAUAUGAACUAUAAUUCAAAAGUUACUAUGCAGAAGGCUACUCCUCUGGAGGCCAUGUGCAUUCGCCGGCAACAGGCUGUUUGUCCUCUCACAACUUUGAACUACCAUAAAUAG